UCGUGUAGUAAAACCACCUCUCUCUCUCCCCCCCUCCUCUCCUCCUCCUCCUUUGCUCCCUCAGUCGGGUUUGAGGAGACCUCUCUUGGAGCUGGAGAGGAGAGGUUGGCCGUCUCUCUCCUCCAGCAGCCGUCGGGCUUCUCUGCAGCCUCCCGUCGCUUCAUCAUGGACAUGGGGACUAAAAGAGUCGCUGGGAUUAUCGCUCAAGUCGUCCUGCUUCUGUCCAGCUCGUACGGGACAACCGGAGAAGAGGUGUGCGAGAGCGCGCUGGUGUCCAAUCUGCCGCCAUCGUCCUUCAGAAGCUCCUCCCAGCUGUCCAGCAGUCACGCUCCAGGCUUUGCCAAACUCAACAGGAGAGAAGGAGCUGGUGGUUGGUCUCCUCUCACCUCGGACAGGUAUCAGUGGUUGGAGGUCAGCCUGGGUGAGCGCACCAAGAUCACUGCUGUCGCUACUCAGGGCCGCUAUGGCAGCUCUGAUUGGCUGACAUCGUACCUGCUGAUGUUCAGCGACACGGGACACAACUGGAAACAGUACAGACAGGAGGACAGUAUAGGGUCUUUUCCAGGUAACAGCAAUGCAGACAGCGUGGUUCAGUACAAGCUGCAGCAGCCGGCCUUCGCUCGCUUCCUCCGCCUCAUUCCUCUUGCCUGGAACCCCAGCGGGAGGAUCGGACUCCGACUGGAGACCUACGGAUGUCCUUAUUCCUCUGAUGUUGUGAGUUUGGACGACGGCAGCAGCAGUCUGGUGUACAGGUUGAGUCCCGGGCCGAGGCGGUCGUCCAGAGAUGUCGUCUCUCUGAAGUUUAAAACCCUGAGGAAUUCUGGGACACUGCUGCACGCGGAGGGAGAGGAAGGACUCAGCCUGAGUCUGGAGUUAGAGAGAGGAAAGCUGCAGCUGCUGCUCAAACAAGGUUCAUCCUCUGAACCCCGGCGUGUCGCUUCUCUCGGCAGCCUGUUAGAUGAUCAGCAUUGGCACUAUAUAGCGGUGGAGCGGCACAGCUCUCACCUCAACCUCACUGUGGACAAACACACAGAGAGGGUUCAAAUCCCUGCAGAGUUCAGCCACUGGGACAUGGAGCAGCUGACUGUAGGGGCAGCCCAGAGUCUCGGUUCUCAGAAACCAGCCAUCUCCAGGAGGAACUUUCACGGCUGCCUUGAAAACCUGUUGUACAACGACCUCAACCUGAUAGAACUAGCUAAAGACAAAGACCACCAGGUUACAGUAGUGGGCAAUGUGACCUUCUCUUGUGCUGAGCCAGUUUCCAUCGCCGUGACGUUCCCUGGCCCCCAGAGCUUCCUACAGUUGCCGGGGCCAACGGCGUCCUCCUCGGCGGGCGUGUCCGUGGGGUUUCAGUUCAGGACGUGGAACAAGGCAGGGCUUCUGCUCACCUUUGCCCUGCCUCAAGAAGGGGGCGUGGUCUGGCUGUACCUGAGUGAGGCCAGACUCCGGCUACAGAUCCAUAAAGCUGGCAGGACGCUGCUGGAACUCACUGCGGGCUCUGCUCUGAAUGACGGUCAGUGGCAUUCAGUGGAGCUGAACUCCAGACGAGGUCGUCUGACUGUCGCUGUUGAUAAAGACGAAGGUGGCGUCGCUCAUGCCAGCUCCUCCAUCACCGCGGGAGGUCAACUCUUCUUUGGUGGUUGUCCCUCUGAAGAAGACAGUCAGGAAUGUUUGAAUCCAUUCAGCAUCUUUCAGGGCUGCAUGCGUCUCCUCAGUGUGGAGAAUCAGCCAGUGGACCUAAUCAUGGUGCAGCAAAGACUGCUGGGAAAUUACAGCCACCUGCUGAUCGACAUGUGUGGCAUCAUUGACAGGUGUUCUCCCAGUCGCUGUGAACACGGCGGCCGCUGCAGUCAGUCCUGGACCGUCUUCCACUGCAACUGCUCUGACAGCGGCUACAGUGGAGCGACCUGCCGCAGCUCUGUGUACGAACAGUCCUGCGAGGCGUACAAACACAACGGCAACACAUCGGGACAUUUUUACAUCGACGUGGACGGCAGCGGACCAAUCAAACCGCAGCUGGUCUACUGCAACAUGACAGAGGAGAACACGUGGAUGGUGAUCCAGCACAACAACACAGAGCUCACCAGACUCCAACCGUCUCCAGGUGGAAACCAGCAUUUAGUCCACUUCGACUACUCCACUGAAGAGGAGCAGCUAUCGGCCGCCAUCAGCCAAUCAGAGCACUGCGAGCAGGAACUGUCCUACCAGUGCAGCAAGUCCCGCCUCCUCAACACUCCAGAGGGCUCUCCCUUCAGCUGGUGGCUCGGGGGACCCGGACCCGGUCGAGUCCGGACUUAUUGGGGCGGAGCUCAACCGGGCAGCCAGCAGUGUGCGUGCGGCCUGCAGGGCGACUGUGUGGACCCACAACACUACUGCAACUGUGACGCCGACCGCAUGGAGUGGACUGAAGACUCGGGCCUGCUCACCCAUAAGGAGAGCCUCCCUGUACGGUCUCUGGUGCUGGGUGACAUCCAGAGGCCGGGGUCAGAGGCCGCCUACAGGGUGGGACCGCUCCGUUGUCAUGGAGACAAGAACUUCUGGAACGCUGCGUUUUUUGACAAGGAGACAUCAUACCUCCACUUCCCCACCUUCCACGGAGAGCUGAGCGCAGAUAUCUCCUUCCUGUUUAAAACCACAGCCUCGUCUGGUGUGUUCCUGGAAAACCUGGGCAUCAAAGACUUCAUCCGGAUCGAACUGAGCUCCUCCACUCAGGUGGUUUUCUCCUUCGAUGUGGGUAACGGGCCGUUGGAGGUCCGCGUGGAGUCGAGCGUCCCGCUGAACGACAACCGGUGGCAUCGAGUCCGAGCCGAGAGAAACAUCAAAGAGGCGUCGCUUCGAUUGGACGGACUUCCUGCCGCCACACAGGAGGCUCCUACUGAUGGACAUUUCCACCUGCAGCUCAACAGCCAGCUGUUCAUAGGGGGCACAGCGUCCAGACAGAAGGGCUUCCGGGGCUGUAUUCGCUCUCUGCAGCUGAACGGUGUCACCCUGGACCUGGAGGAGAGGGCGAGGAUCACACCCGGGGUUCGACCCGGCUGCCCGGGUCACUGCAGCAGCUACGGCUCGUUCUGCCAGAACGGGGGCCGCUGUGUGGAGAGAGCCAACGGCUUCCACUGUGACUGCGGCCUGUCGGCGUACACUGGGGUCUUCUGCCACACAGAGGUGUCAGCCAGCUUCAAGUCGGGGACGUCCAUCAGCUACACCUUCAAGGAGCCGUACGAGUUGAGCAGGAACAGCAGCGCCCUGCCGUCCUCCAUCUACUCUGACAUGACUCUGAGAGGAGAGAACGUCUCCCUGAGCUUCAGGACCAACCAGAGUCCGGCUGUGCUGUUCUAUGUCAGCUCUUACUACAGAGAGUACCUGGCCCUGCUCAUCAACAAGCAUGAUAUGCUGGAGGUGAGAUACAAAAUGGACAACAGCAGAGAUGUUGAAGUGUUGAGAAGCAGAGUGAGGAGCCUGGCCAACGGACAGCUUCACACUGUUAGCAUCAGGAGGCUGACAGACUCUGUGUCUGUGCAGAUUGACCAAAACGCCAGAGAAGAAUUCAAUCUGACGUCUGACGGAGAAUUAAAUGGCAUCAAGAUGUUGGUGUUGGGCAAAGUGCACGAGUCUGAUGAGAUGGAUCCAGACCUGGCCAGGUUGGUGUCUCUCGGUUUUGCCGGCUGUCUCUCUGUGGUCCAGUUUAACUCCAUCAGUCCUCUGAAAGCUGCUCUGCUCCACCCGGACACCAGCCCUGUCAUCAUCACCGGACCUUUAGUCCAGUCCAACUGCGGCUCCUCGGCUGCAGCCAAUCCCUACGCAGCAGAGAACACACACCACCUGUCAGACCAGUCUGGCUCAGUGGGUUCAGGUCAACCUUUAGUCAAUGCCAUCAGGACUGACUCGGCUCUGAUUGGAGGUGUCAUAGCAGUGGUCAUCUUUGUGAUUGUGACUGGCCUGGCGAUAACUGCCAGAUUCCUCUACCGGAGAAAAGAGACAUAUCGGAACCAGGAAGUGAAGGGAGUCAAACAGGAGGACAGCCCAGAUUUCCCUUUCAACAACCAGGCCGACUCGCAGAAUGUCUCCUGUGAAAACCCAAAGGAGUAUUUCAUUUAACCGGAGGCCUGAUGACCUGAUGAACUGGAGGAUUUAGGAGCAGAGGGUGCAGACAGGGGUGUCCUGUCACGCCUCAGGACUUUACACUGCUCUCAGAGCCCCUCAGAGACUUUACCGGCCGAAGUGGCUCCACAGAAUAUGGAAAGCAGAAAAGGAACAAUGCACACAGUUUUAUCUUUUACUGCAAAUUGUGAAUAUACUGAUACAAAUAGGCAACAGUGAUGGACUGAUAAGAUGUUGAUAUCCUUGUUUCAAAAAGUGUAAAUAUUCAAAAAUGUACAUGUGGAAGUAAUGUCUACUGCAAUCUCUUAACUAACGUCACUCUGUCAUAUUGAAAUACUUCUAAGGGAAACAGAUUGUUGUUUUUAAGGGUUGAUUUAGCAUAUUCAAACACAACUUUAUUUCAGUGAAUCUGGGUUUUUUGCAAUCGUGACUGGAGUCGUUUGGCUGAUGCACCUUUCUAUGAGGACAGUGAAUGGAUGGAAAUGUUUGACCUGUAAUUAGGCCCUCAGGAAGAGUACUUAUGUAAGAGCUUAUGUUUGGUGGUGUGUUCAUGUGUAAUGCCUUUAUGUUGUGUGCAGUGCUUUGGGGGAGUAACAGUACGAACUCUUUGGAGGCUGUGGAGCCUCAAAGCUUGUGUGAGCUUGCAUACUUGUCUUUGCAGCCUGUAUACAUCCAGCAAAACCAGAACAUUGUUUGGUGAUAUUCUAACUCCAGUCGGCACGUGAAUUAAACAUUUUCAUGAGUGAUUUUCUUUCGGCAGCAAUGUGCUACAACAGAAUUAAGGUGUCAUCUUCAAUGACUUUGCAGUCGCACUCCAAUCACGCACAUCGCCAUCAGCACAUUUGUACCAUUUUAGAAAUGGUACACCGCAGUCUGGCAGCUACCGGUCGACAGACGUGGAGACUUUUCAGACAGUAGGGACUAGUUUUCCACUUCCUUUCCAUUUUAACUCUUUUUUUUUCCUCUUCUCAUACUCUUUUCUUUAGUCAGUUCUUUCAAUUAUGACAUGAAAAGCAGGGAACAAAAAUACCUCCAUGAGCAUUGAAUGUUUUUAGUUUCAGAGCCCUUGCAAGGUUUUCAUAAAAGGCUUGUACAGGUUGUUCACUUUAUUAUAAAAGUUUUCUCUUCCCUGCUGUAUGCCGCCUGCUGGGAGCUUUCUUCUGCCAGCUCUCUAAAUGUCUCUGAAGAGUAAAGCUUUUAACACUGGCAGCACACAGGCUCUGUAACAGUGUGGCUGUCUGUCACCUCGUUCACUGCACGCAGAGGCAGUUAAUGUGUUAUUGAAAUGCUAAUCUGCUUCGGUAUGACAGGUGGAUUGUGACUCUAUGGAAAGCAGAGAGAUGAUCAGAAUGAGACAGAAAAAUAAUCCGAGAGAACGUGUCAAGCAGACACGGAUGUAAUGAAACCAGCCUGAUAUUAACACUUGAAAAUGAAGCAAAUCCCCCCAUGUGUUAAUUCAGCUCAUGUGUAAAGAGUGCUGAGAAGCAGAAAGAGAAUCGACAGCAGCUGUUUAUCAAACACACGCCGCCGUCUCUCUGCAAGACCCCAAAGCACAGAUGGGAUUUUAAUGACAAAAGUUGCUAAAACUUCAAAGUGCAUUAUUCAACCCUUUGUUUGUUUUCCUUUUUUUCCCCCACCUCACAACAGCUGAAGCCACACAUUGUUGUCUUUGCCACAUCCUUGCUUCCAGAGAGUUCAUCGUUUGGUGAAGAAGACAUAGCGACUGUCCUUCAUCCUGCAGCAGGACUGACUGCAGUGCUGUGUUUGAUGGCUGAGAGGAGCUCCACAGGUUCCUCUGACAGCCUGAUAAUGUUGCAGGCUGAGCAUAGCAAAAUAAAACGUUUAACAUUUGAGUUUUUCAGGCUGCGUCCACUGAGAGUGCGGUAUAGCAGCAAGUGCACUGAGGUAAACAGGUAUUUAUGCCAGCAAGGAAACAGAUGUUUGGCCUCAGUAUACGUUUUAUGUUUUUCCAAACCAUUUUCAGGCAGCAGAACAAGAAUAUCACAACAUUUUGGUUUAUCUCACAUUUAAAAGCUUAAAAACUAAAUUCAUCCACGUAUCUUCAUUAAGAAUAUGGCCAGCUAACACGCGAGCCAGCCGGGAACCUCACAAUAUUGUUGUUGUCAUUUCAUUAAAUGGAAAACUUUUUGGACACUCUCAGAGGUCAUGAGCUUGCUGACUGCUUGCCAACUGUCCCUUAGCGAGCUUGUUAGCGUUGUUGCUGGCGGGACAAUAAGCUCACACAGUUUAUUCAAAAGAUGCAUCUGAGAGCGGUUUCUCUGUUCGUGGAGCAGUUUAUACUCUGACAGAGGAGCUUCGAUUAAACUGGAGGUUCUCUCUAACCUGCUAUUGGUCAGUGGCAAACACUGGCACUGACAAACUCCUGUGAGCAAAUCCACCACUGCUGCCGAUUUUACUGGAGUUAAUUCAAUUUACUACAGAAAUGUUCGUCAUUUUAAAAGCUGCUGAGACUUAAGGGCGGUGAUAUUCUGCGGUUUCCUUACUGUCAUCAAAUCCCACACAACGGCCAAAAGAAAGAAUUAAUUGCCCCAGCUAACGACGGUUGUCUGUGUAUCCUAAGGCUGAUCUUGUUCCUCGGUGUCCUAGAGCUCCAUUAUUGUCCCAAAGCUAUAAACAACAACAACAACCCUGCAUUGAGUCACAGUGCUGCACUCAGUGACAUAUUCCUUAAUUGGCACAAACACACUGUAGGUUAUUUUGAGUCAGACCCACAUACAGCAUCCUGCUGCUGAAAAUAGUCCCUAACAAAUGCACUAUUUUGAGUAACGUUUGCUAAAAACUUCAGUGCCCAGCUGUUUUUAGGAAAUUACCAAGCCUUAUUUAAAACUGGAACUAUGCAUUUGUGACCUGCUUUUGUGUCUUAUAUUGACAUCUUCAGUUGGAACCAAUGGGUUCUGGGACUGAGGCCACAGGCAGGUUAGGGAAGUCUUAUACUUUGGGCGAUAGGACGGAUGAAUUUGGUCUUUUAAUGGGAUUUGUUGACAGUAAGAAAAAGAAUAUAAAACGAUUUUAUCCUUUAAGGAGUGUUCUGUUUUUGAUGCACUGGUUUAAAGUUGAAGUUUGUUCAGUGUAACUGUAGUGUUGGUGAAUAACAAUGAUGUUGUGAGUGAUAAAGCCACAGAAAUAUUCAGAUUUUACCCAUAUUGUGGUUGUUUGGUUAUCAACAAUAUUCUGUUUAAUGAAAAUAAAAAAAAAAUUUCUUUCCUUUUUCUUUUUUCAAACGA